AUGUUCAAGUCCAAUGACAUCCUGCGCAAGCAGACUGCUCUCAAGUUCAGCAAAUCUUUGAACAAAUGUGAUGGUGAUUUUUUUUUACGUGCUUACAUGGGGGAGAGAAAAAUGUUAAUUCUUGUGGGAAUUACAAUAUUAUUUGUCGUUCAUGUAUCUGGAGUGUACUGGUGUUACAAGAAUGGUGAUCUUAUCAGACCUCUGGUCAUGCUUCCUCCAAAAGAGAUACCACCAUUUUGGCAUGCAAUAUUCGUAAUCCUGGUGAAUGAUACAAUGGUGCGCCAAACUGCUAUGAUCAUGAAGUGCUUACUGCUAAUGUACUACAGGAACACCAAGGGCUGUAGCUAUCGUAGGCAGGGGCAAAUGUUAACACUCGUGGAAUACUUUCUACUUCUGUACCGUGCCUUAUUGCCUGCCCCUGUAUGGUACCGUUUUUUCCUGAACAAGGAGUAUGGGAGCCUAUUUUCCUCUCUAACCACUGGACUGUAUCUUACUUUCAAGCUGACAUCUGUCGUGGAAAAGAUUCAAUCAUUUUUUACAUCUCUGAGAGCGUUGUCCCAUGAAGACUUCCAUUAUGGUUCAUAUGCAACGAGUGAGCAGGUUGCUGCCGCUGGAGAUAUGUGUGCUAUAUGCCAAGAGAAGAUGCAUGUCCCCAUUCUUUUGCGCUGUAAACAUGUCUUCUGCGAAGAUUGUGUCUCUGAAUGGUUUGAGAGGGAGCGCACCUGCCCACUGUGCAGGGCACUGGUGAAGCCAGCAGACCUCCGGUCAUUCGGCGACGGUUCGACAAGCCUCUUUUUCCAGCUUUUCUAG